AUGGCAGAAAGCGUUCGUGUAGCUGUCAGAUGUCGACCGUUCAAUCAGAGAGAAAAGGAUUUGAAUACUCAGCUAUGCGUUGGCAUCACCCCAAAUAUGGGUCAGGUGAACCUGAUCGCCCCGGACGGUGUCAGCAAAGACUUCACAUUCGAUGGAUCCUACUUUAUGGAUUCCACAGGAGAGCAGAUUUAUAAUGAUAUCGUGUUUCCGUUGGUUGAGAACGUGAUCGAAGGGUACAAUGGUACGGUAUUUGCCUACGGACAAACCGGUUCUGGAAAGACGUUUUCCAUGCAAGGAGUCGAGAGUAUUCCAGCUCAACGAGGUGUCAUUCCCCGCGCUUUUGAUCAUAUUUUCACUGCAACAGCGACCACUGAAAAUGUGAAGUUUUUGGUGCAUUGCAGUUAUCUGGAGAUCUACAACGAAGAGGUUCGAGAUUUGCUUGGCGCUGACAACAAACAAAAGCUGGAAAUCAAGGAGCAACCGGAUCGAGGUGUCUAUGUCGCUGGGCUCUCUAUGCAUGUUUGUCACGAUGUUCCGGCUUGUAAGGAGUUAAUGACAAGGGGGUUUAAUAACAGACAUGUCGGAGCAACCUUGAUGAAUAAGGAUUCCUCGCGAAGUCACUCCAUCUUCACUGUCUAUGUGGAAGGAAUGACAGAGACCGGAUCCAUCAGGAUGGGAAAAUUGAAUCUUGUCGAUUUGGCUGGAAGUGAACGUCAGAGUAAAACUGGAGCCACUGGAGAUCGUCUCAAAGAAGCUACAAAAAUUAACUUAUCGCUCUCGGCACUAGGAAAUGUCAUAUCCGCUCUGGUGGAUGGAAAAUCAAAGCAUAUUCCGUACAGAGACAGUAAGCUGACUAGGCUACUACAGGAUUCCCUUGGAGGUAACACCAAAACAAUCAUGAUCGCCUGUGUGUCCCCAUCUAGUGACAACUAUGAUGAGACACUUUCCACGUUGAGGUAUGCGAAUCGUGCAAAGAACAUUAAGAAUAAGCCAACUAUCAACGAGGAUCCAAAAGACGCUUUACUUCGAGAGUACCAAGAAGAAAUCGCACGACUCAAGGCGAUGGUUCAACCAGGUACCGCUGGUCCUGUAGUUCCUGACGCCUUCUCGAUUGAAGAGGAACGGAAGAAACUUCGAGAAGAAUUCGAGCAAGCUAUGAAUGAUCUACGUGGAGAGUAUGAGCGCGAGCAGACGAGUAAAGCAGAGUUGCAGAAGGAUUUAGAAGAUCUCAAGUUGGAGUACGAGCGGGCGAAUGCAAAUCUGGACAAUUUGAAUCCAGAAGAAGCGGCAAAGAAGAUCCAACAGCUUCAGGAUCAGUUUAUUGGAGGGGAAGAGGCUGGAAACACGCAGCUGAAGCAGAAACGAAUGAAACAGUUGAUGGAGGCGGAGACAAAGACACAGAAGUUGGCAGCGGCAUUGAAUGUGCACAAGGAUGAUCCAUUGUUACAAGUGUACAGUACGACACAAGAGAAAUUGGAUGCAGUCACUGCGCAGUUGGAGAAGGAAGUCAAAAAGUCCAAAGGCUACGAAAGAGAAAUCGAAGAUCUCCACGGUGAAUUCGAACUGGACCGGUUGGAUUACCUAGACACAAUCAGAAAACAAGACCAACAACUGAAACUUUUAAUGCAAAUAAUGGAUAAAAUCCAACCAAUCAUUAAGAAAGACACAAACUACAGUAAUAUAGAUCGAAUUAAGAAGGAAGCGAUUUGGAAUGAAGAUGAGAGUCGAUGGAUUCUCCCGGAGAUGUCAAUGAAUCGAACUAUACUUCCGUUGGCCAAUAAUGGAUAUGUGCACGAACCUGUCAAACAGGAACACCAGCUUUUGAGAUCAAACUUUGACGAUAAAUUGCGAGAGAGACUGGCGAAGAGUGAUUCUGAGAAUCUGGCGAAUAGCUACUUCAAGCCUGUCAAACAGAGUAAUGUGAUUAAUAAAUACAAAAGUGAUCAGAAACUCGAUUCAAAAUUCAUUUCAGUAUCCACCUCCAAAUCAUUAUUCCCCUCAAAAACUCCAACAUUUGAUGGGCUCGCGAACGGAGUGAUCUACUCGGAUGCUCUGUAUGAACGAGCUCAGUCGGCAAAACGACCGGCUCGUCUGGCAACGCUGAAUCUGUACCCUAAAUAA